UUUCCUAGCCCAUCUCCCCAUACCUACGCGUCCUACCAGAAUAGCGCUUAUACCGCCUUACGGAGCAAUCAGGUGGCACCAACUCCAAGAGGAGAAGAUCUCGACAGCAUCAUUUCAAGCCCAAUAUGCCAUCGAGGAGGUGCCGAUGUACUCUUAGCACUCUACACCGGGCUAUUAUUUUCAAAUGAUAAUAAUGUGACACCACAAAGGUCAGCCUUUACCUUCAAGGGCAUUUUACAAGGCUGAGGAUGAGUUUCACGCUCCCCAAAAGCGAAUCGACGACUUCCUUACUGAGAUCCUCCGCACCGGCCAGAAGCGACCAUCCCGGAGCCCGGCGGGUACACCAUCAGCGCUCCGCGGCGGCAGCGGCAUCUGGAGCGGAGACGGCGGAUUGCGAUGCGAGCUCCCGGAGACCCCUUUGUCACCCCUCACUGGUCGGUACCCGAAAUAGCUCAGAGAAGAGCCACCCACAACACUCCCACUCCCAUGGACACGCUCUUUCCACGGCUCACAGUCAGGAGGACCUGUCGGAGCUUCCAGAUGGAACAGAGCGCAAGACAGCCAGACGACACCACCACCAUCAUCAUCACCAUCAUCACCACCACAACCGCCACCAUCACCGCCACCGGGCCACCCGGGACGACCUGCCUCAAGAGCCCCGACCCAAGCACUCUCACGUCGCACGCAUGCCCACCAGAACUCAGUCUUUCUCCGAGUCCAGGGACGAAACGGCUCUGUUUUUUGAGUCACCUCAACUGGCUCGACCGGGGUCUUCUUUAUCGAGCAGAGAGGCGUGUCCAGCCUCCACCGCCUCAUCCUCGCCAGUCCCCGCUUCCUCCAGCCGCUCCUCCCGCAGAUCGAGGAGGUCCAGCGCAGCAUCUUCUGAAGCGGACUUCAACCUGCGGCCAUUCCUCAGCUCGGUGUUCGGACAGAAUCGAGAGUUGAGACCUGAAGAGAUUGAUGAGUUACGAGAAGCGUUUAAGGAGUUUGAUAAAGAUAAAGAUGGCUUUAUCAGCUGUAAAGACCUGGGGAACUGCAUGAGAACUAUGGGCUACAUGCCCACCGAGAUGGAACUAAUAGAACUGAGCCAACAAAUCAACAUGAACUUAGGUGGCCAUGUGGAUUUCGAGGACUUUGUAGGGUUGAUGGGACCUAAACUCCUAGCAGAGACAGCAGACAUGAUCGGCAUUAAAGAGCUGAGAAACGCUUUCAAAGAGUUUGACACAAAUGGAGAUGGUGAAAUAAGCACAGGAGAGCUAAGGGAAGCUAUGAGGAAGCUGUUGGGACAACAGGUUGGUCAUCGAGACCUAGAGGACAUACUGAGAGACAUCGACUUAAAUGGAGACGGCCACGUAGAUUUUGAAGAGUUUGUGCGAAUGGUGUCCCGCUGAGAGGGCAGCGUUCAUAUGGUUUCUCCAACAGAAGAAAGUGAGAUGCUGUACUGCUUCCUGCUGGUCAAAGCGGACAGACUAUUAGACUACUGCAAGAAAAGCCUUGCUGAGCCAGUGCAUGGUAUAAAAACUGAAAACUGGACUUUUUGGAGAAAAAAAAAACAAAACAAAACUCAUGCACACACACAAACAAAAAAGUAUACACUUAUACUGUAGCCAAGAGUCUCUGCACUUUCAACCAUGCAAGACCAAACAAUAUAUGUUUUUUACAUGCACAUUUGAAGGAGAGUACCAUGCUUGAUUAUGGCAAUAUUACAUUAAGUGUUGUCCCCGUUGACCCGUAUAUAUGUGUCUCUUUGUAAUAAGGUAGGUGAAGAAAAUGAUGUCUGAAAGUUUUUCUUUUGUUUGCAGUAAUGUAACAGCAUAAAUGCAUUGACUUCCAGAUGAUAUGUUAUAUAAGUCAAGCUCAGCUACCUAACUCCAUUCGUUUGUCUUUGUCAAACAAUUUGCCUGUUUCUGUUCUUAAUUCACAGUGCAUGCCUUUAAAACAAAUAUAAACCUCUGUGCAAGACUGAACUAAAACAGAACCAAAUUUUGUUGGUGGGUUAACUUUAGCCUCUAUAGUUUUAAAGAGUGGUUUCUAACUUUAGAAAUGUUUGAUUCACUAUUUUUAGUUAUCGUAACAUACUUGUCAGGAAACUAAUUUCAAGAGCACAGAGUUUCACUCUGCACAGGCUUAUUUGAAUCCAUGCACAAUACCCAGAUAUUAUAAAAAUUCAAAACCUGAUCACUAUAAGCUUAAGAAACAGAUGUAUUUAUUUGAAUUGAUUCUCUUCAUGUGUGUUUGUGUGACCAGUGUCAGAGACAUCUGUAGUCUUAAUUGUUAUCUGACCAGAUUCUUGCAUGCCAAAAGACCUUCAUUUGUAAUAUAGUGGUUUUAAUACAUUGUAACAAAAUAAGCAAAUAAAACAGUGUCUAAUAACAUAUAUUUUUCA